GGAGGAGAUUUUCCACAAGAAAAGGUUGUUUUCAUGUUUGGGAUCCAGGAAAGCAUCCAACGGAGUGGAAGCAGUAUGAAGGAAGAGCCGCUGGGCAGCGGCAUGAACGCGGUGCGGACGUGGAUGCAGGGCGCCGGGGUGCUGGACGCCAACACAGCGGCGCAGAGCGGGGUGGGUCUGGCCCGGGCUCACUUUGAGAAGCAGCCGCCUUCUAAUCUGCGGAAAUCCAACUUCUUCCACUUCGUCCUGGCCCUCUACGACAGACAGGGUCAGCCCGUGGAGAUUGAGAGGACUGCCUUUGUGGGGUUCGUGGAGAAGGAAAAAGAAGCCAACAGCGAAAAGACCAAUAAUGGGAUCCACUACCGGCUCCAGCUCCUCUACAGCAAUGGAAUAAGGACUGAACAGGACUUCUACGUGCGCCUCAUCGACUCCAUGACAAAGCAGGCCAUAGUGUAUGAAGGCCAGGACAAGAACCCUGAAAUGUGCCGCGUGUUGCUCACACAUGAGAUCAUGUGCAGCCGCUGUUGUGACAAGAAAAGCUGUGGCAACCGAAAUGAGACUCCCUCAGAUCCAGUGAUAAUUGACAGAUUCUUCCUGAAGUUUUUCCUUAAAUGCAACCAAAAUUGCCUAAAGAAUGCAGGAAACCCACGUGACAUGCGGAGAUUCCAGGUCGUGGUGUCUACCACAGUCAACGUGGAUGGCCAUGUCCUGGCAGUCUCCGAUAACAUGUUUGUCCACAAUAAUUCCAAGCAUGGGCGGAGGGCUAGGAGGCUUGACCCCUCGGAAGGUACGCCCUCUUAUCUGGAACAUGCUACUCCCUGUAUCAAAGCCAUCAGCCCGAGUGAAGGAUGGACAACGGGAGGCGCGACUGUGAUCAUCAUAGGGGACAAUUUCUUUGAUGGGUUACAGGUCAUAUUCGGUACCAUGCUGGUCUGGAGUGAGUUGAUAACUCCCCACGCCAUCCGUGUGCAGACACCUCCUCGGCACAUCCCCGGUGUUGUGGAAGUCACAUUGUCCUACAAGUCCAAGCAAUUCUGCAAAGGGACUCCAGGCAGAUUCAUCUAUACAGCGCUCAAUGAACCCACCAUCGACUAUGGUUUCCAGAGGUUACAGAAGGUCAUUCCCCGGCAUCCUGGUGACCCGGAGCGCUUGCCGAAGGAAGUGAUCCUUAAAAGGGCUGCAGAUCUUGUUGAAGCCCUGUAUGGGAUGCCCCACAACAACCAGGAGAUUAUCCUGAAGAGGGCUGCUGACAUUGCAGAGGCUCUGUACAGUGUCCCUCGCAACCACAACCAGCUCCCAGCCCUUGCUAAUACUUCGGUCCAUGCAGGGAUGAUGGGAGUGAACUCCUUCAGUGGACAACUGGCUGUGAAUGUCUCUGAGGCAUCACAAGCCACCAAUCAAGGUUUCACCCGCAACUCAAGCAGCGUGUCACCACACGGGUAUGUGCCGAGCACCACCCCCCAGCAGACCAACUAUAACUCUGUCACCACGAGCAUGAAUGGUUACGGCUCUGCCGCCAUGUCCAAUUUGGGUGGCUCCCCAACCUUCCUCAAUGGCUCAGCUGCCAACUCACCCUAUGCCAUUGUGCCAUCCAGCCCCACCAUGGCCUCCUCUACAAGCCUCCCCUCCAACUGCAGCAGCUCCUCGGGCAUCUUCUCCUUCUCACCAGCCAACAUGGUCUCCGCCGUGAAACAGAAGAGUGCAUUUGCACCUGUCGUCAGACCCCAGACCUCCCCGCCUCCCACCUGCACCAGCACCAAUGGGAACAGCCUGCAAGCGAUAUCUGGCAUGAUUGUUCCUCCCAUGUGAAAGAAUUGCCUUGAAGAAUUUUAUUAAUGAAGAGGUUGGAUUCUGCUACGAAAGUAAUCUGAUAUGAGUCCCAGAGUGGAACUUUUAACUCAGGCCUUUUUAAGAGGAAUCACACAAUAACUGCGGAUUUUUAAACAAAAUCACCGACCUUGCAAAUACUGAAAUUGGAAAGGGGGUCUGCCAGAGCAGGGUGUUGGUUAAACUUGUACCCCCAAGUAUCUGGGGGAUAUAUUUAUUCUGUAUUGAUAAAAGCAAACCCACAGUUUCUUUUUCUUUUUUUUUUAAGCUUAACUCUGCAAUCAUUUGUCUUUUAUAAAUCAUAAAGCUACACACAAGGGCCACUAUAAAUAAGACUCCAUGUUUUAAUUUAUGAUGUUUUUAAAGCUGUGUAAGGGGAGAAUGAAGUGGUGAUAUUUACAAAAAAGCUAAAAGAUUUAAAAAAAAAAAAAAGAAAACAGAGAAAAAAGUUAAAAAAAAAAAAAAGCUUGUAUGGGACAGAAUAGGAAUGCCAGUUAGAUUUUUUAGAGAACUAAGGGUCGGCUUUUACGCCUUAAAGCAUAUCAAUGGUAGAUAGCUCAGACAGUGCAUUUUCAGUAUCUGACUUCACAUGCCAUCCCUUAGCAGUUCUGCAAGCUUCUUUCUCUCUUUGUAUGGUUGUCUUAAGUAACUGUGUAAAUAACCGCAGCCUGGAAGUUACCAAGCGACAUACAUGAUCACAUUUUCCCUUGUACUCAGAAAAUCCAGUGCCUCUAGACAGAUUGUUUAAAAAAAUAAAAAAAGAAAGAAAGAAAGAAAAAAAAAAGCAAAGCAAAACAAAACAAAAAAAUCCCUGCAUCUUUUAACCCAAGCUCAUUCUUUUACUUAUGUCAACUUCUUCCGAAGCUGGUGGCCUCUGAGA